AUGCGUAAACCUCUUAAGUUCCAAAUUGGGGACAAAGUUUUGUUAAAAGUAUCACCCUGGAAAGGUGUGAUGAGAUUUGGAAAGAAGGGCAAGUUGAUCCCGAGAUACAUUGGGCCAUUCGAGAUAAUCGAAUGUGUCGGUUCCGUAGCUUACAAGCUUAAGCUACCUAAGGAACUCAGUGGAAUUCACGAUGUGUUCCACAUUUGUAAUUUAAAGAAAUGUCUAGCCGAUGAGUCGCUAGCAAUAUCGCACCAUGAUGUGCAGAUUGAUGAAAACCUGAGGUUCAUUGUGAAACCGAUUUCGAUCAAGGAUCGGCAGGUUAAAAAUCUCCAAAAGAAAUUGAUCCCCAUCGUGAAAGUUAACUGGGAUGCCCAUCGUGGCCCCAAGUAUACAUGGGAGGUUGAGUCCAAUAUGCGACAAAAGUACCCCUAUCUUUUUGAAUAA